AUGAAGCGGAAGCUGGACGAGAACGAUGCUCCAACGAUAGAAGUCGCUGCCGGCUCAUCCUCUCAGACACCGAGCACGACCACAUUCGAGACGUACAAACUUGACCCCCGACUUCUGCAAUCAAUUUCGAAGGCAGGAUAUUCAGAACCAACAGCAAUUCAGGCGCAAGCCAUAUCAUUGGCACUACAGGGCAAAGAUGUCCUCGCCCAGUCCAAGACCGGGUCCGGCAAGACAGCUGCAUAUGUGAUACCCAUACUUCAGUCUAUAUUGCACCGGAAGUCAACACACCCGGCGAAAAGCAGCUCAAUAUCAACAUUGGUCCUUGUUCCAACCAGGGAACUAGCUGAUCAGGUCCAGAAGGUCUUCUUAGCUUUGUCUGCACAGUGCUCGAAAGAUGUACGGUCCAUAAACCUGGCUCAACGGGUUUCAGAUGCAGUGCUGAAUGCGCUGCUGUCAGACACGCCUGAUAUCGUCGUUGCAACGCCCGGAAGAGCCAACCAAUUCCUGUCCGCGGGCAAGCUAUCUAUCGACCAAGUCAGCCAUUUCGUGAUAGACGAAGCGGACCUAGUCCUGUCAUAUGGCUACGAAGACGACAUCAAGGCGAUCGCUGCCACCAUUCCUCGCUCAGCCCAAGCUUUCCUGAUGAGCGCGACUCUCACUUCCGAUAUCGAUGCGCUCAAGCAGACCCUCACAAGAGAUCCCGUUACAGUCAAGAUACAAACGGAGGAAGAACCUACAGAGACCAUGACUCAAUAUGUCGUGAAAUGCGCGGAGGAUGAGAAAUUUCUGCUUGUGUUUGUGAUAUUCAAACUACGACUAGUCCGAGGCAAAACGAUCAUAUUCGUGGACGAUGUCGACCGCAGCUACCGGCUGAAGCUCUACCUCGAACAAUUCGGCAUCAAGUCCUGCAUCUUGAACUCGGAGCUGCCAGUGAACUCCCGCUUGCAUGUCGUGCAAGAGUUCAACAAGGGUUUGUACAACAUCCUGAUCGCAGCUGACGACCAAGAAGUGCUCGGCGGCGUCCACAAGCCUCAGAAGCGCAUUGUUGAGGUAGCCAAUGGAGAAGCCGAGCUAUCGUCUGACGAAGACGAACCACAAAAGCCAACCAAGGCCGCGAAGACCACAUCCCGAGACUACGGUGUGUCACGAGGCAUCGACUUCCAAAACGUCUCCUGCGUCCUCAACUUCGACCUACCACACACCUCCAAAUCCUACACCCACCGCAUCGGUCGAACCGCCCGAGCCGGCAAGGCCGGUAUGGCGCUGUCCUUCGUGAUUCCCGCCGAGCACUACAAAAAGCACAAACCCACAUCGAUCUCUUCAGCAAAGCACGACGAAAAAGUGCUCGCCAAGAUACUCACCAAACAAGCCAAACUCGACCGCGAAGUCAAGGACUACAAGUUCGACAUGGCCCAAGUCGACGCCUUCCGCUAUCGCGUCAACGACGCCAUCCGCGCCGUGACGAGACUCGCCAUUCGGGAAGCGCGGGCGCGGGAGAUCAAAGAUGAGCUGGUGAAGAGCGACAAGCUGCGCAAGCAUUUCGAGGAGAACCCGGAUGACUUACGGCACUUGCGGCAUGAUAACGAGAGCGGGAAGACGAGAGUGCAGGGCCAUCUGAAGCAUGUGCCGGACUACCUUCUGCCGGCGGCGGCGAGGCAGGGUAAGCCGUUGAAUGUAGGGUUCGUGGGGUUGCACAAGAAGCCGAGGACUGAUGGUAAGGGUGGAAAGGCUCGAAGAGGCGGAAGUGGCGGUGGUCGUGGUGGUUUCAAGAAGGGAGUCGGGGCGAGGAGGGUCGACCCUUUGAAGAGCUUCAAGCGAAGGUAG